CAGUGUGAGUGAUGCUUGCAACUCUUGUUAUGACUGCAAGGUCCUGUUUCAAUCACUGGCGUCAGACGGACGCACGACACCAACUCAAACCUUUUCACCUUCUUCUGAGCAACGUAAAUAUUGAUUGAAAAGCGAGGCAUUAGCGAGCAGCUCAGUGGGAGUUUUAAUUUGAAAGUGCUUCAGGGGACUAAAAGAGUAUCCCUCGUCGUGUCACUUUGAGGCUCCGACGGAUUUUUUUUUUUCGCAUUUACCGCGACUGUGAGAUAAAAGUUUUCCUCUAUUAUAGCCUAUUAGGUGGCUCGUAAAACAGACCCGCCUAUGACCUUCACGUCUUACAUUUACCGGAUGAAAGAUUAUUUGAUACAGUUUCAGAGCGUGUUUUCCGUCUUCGACUUUUUUCCCUUUUCUUUGAAUGCGUUGCAAAUAUGAUGAUGUCACCGACGCCACUUUUUCCUGAAGUUAUGGCGGAGCACAACUUUUCUAACUUCUCUUGACCAUUGCAAGCACUCGGCUUUACUAAUGGAGCACCGCCAGGGAGCAUGGAAGACCCUGAGCAACGGCUUCGGAAUGAAGGACUCUGCUUUAGAAGGCCCGUGCCUUUCCCCAACCAUGGUCCAGGGCUUUCCCUGCCAGCGUCGCUCCUCAGAUGACAGCAAGAUGCCCGACUCCAAGACUAGCAGCACUAUCCGUGUCUACCUCCCAAACCAGCAGCGCACUGUGGUAAAUGUGCGACCAGGUAUGACUCUGUACAGUUGCCUGAUAAAAGCAUUAAAGGUGCGAGGGCUGCAGCCUCAGUGCUGCGCUGUCUUCAAGCUGCAUCCAGGCCAGAGGAGCAAAAAACUCCGGAUGGAUUGGAAUACUGACUCCACCUCCCUUAUUGGAGAAGAGCUGCUGGUGGAGGUUUUAGAUCAUGUCCCCUUGACAACACAUAAUUUUGUUCGUAAAACAUAUCUGAAGCUAGCGUUCUGUGAUAUUUGCCAGAAGUUUCUUUUGAAUGGUUUCCGUUGCCAAACAUGUGGCUACAAAUUCCAUGAGCAUUGUAGCACCAAGGUGCCCACGAUGUGUGUGGACUGGAGCAAUAUCAGACAACUCCUGUUGUGUCCAACACCUGGUGAUAGCGGUGCCCCGUCUCUGCCCCCGCUGACAUCCCGGCGGAUGAGGGAAUCCUUAACACGGUUUCCAAGCUCAGCUCAUCGAUAUUCCACCCCUCAUGCCUUCAACUACACCACGUCCUACCCACCCACAGGUGGUGGUCUCUCUCAGAGGCAGCGCUCCACUUCUACACCCAAUGUGCACAUGGUUAGCACCACCCUGCCUGUAGACAGCAGCAUGAUUGAGCUAGACUGCCUCAAUACCUCCCCCAGCUCCUGGUGCCAUAGAUUCUGGUUGAAGAGGAAAGUAGGUAUUGUGCACUUCUCCCAGCCUUUUGUUGAGGCCUCAUCUGAGAGUCCAGAAAAGGAUGCGAUGCGUGAUCAUGACUCAGCGGGCAGUUCCCCCAACCAGAGUCCAACAGGCUGGUCCCAGUCCCAGUCCAAAGUUCCUGCUCCUGCCCAGCGAGAGAGGGCCCCGUCCUUCAACACUCAGGAGAAAAAUAAAAUAAGGCCCCGAGACAAGCGGGACUCCAGUUACUACUGGGAGAUUGAAGCCAGUGAGGUUUAUCUGCACUCCCGCAUCGGUUCAGGCUCCUUUGGAACUGUAUACAAAGGGAAAUGGCAUGGUGAUGUAGCAGUGAAGAUUUUAAAGGUGACUGACCCCACACCAGAGCAAUUCCAGGCAUUCAGAAAUGAAGUAGCAGUCCUGAGGAAAACGCGACAUGUCAACAUCCUGUUGUUCAUGGGCUACAUGACGAAGGACAACCUGGCCAUUGUGACCCAGUGGUGUGAAGGCAGCAGCCUGUACAAGCAUAUUCAUGUCCUGGAGACAAACUUCAAGAUAAUCCAGCUCAUAGACAUUGCCAGACAGACAGCUCAGGGCAUGGAUUAUCUGCAUGCAAAGAACAUCAUUCAUCGUGACAUGAAGUCCAACAAUAUCUUCCUGCAUGAAGGGCUAACGGUGAAAAUUGGGGACUUUGGUCUCGCUACAGUGAAGGCCAGGUGGAGUGGCUCACAUCAGGUGGAGCAGCCCUCUGGGUCCAUUCUCUGGAUGGCUCCUGAAGUUAUCCGGAUGCAAGAUAACAAUCCCUACAGCUUCCAGUCUGAUGUCUAUUCCUAUGGAAUUGUUCUCUUUGAGCUCAUGACAGGAGAGCUUCCAUAUUCCCACACAGCAAACCGAGAUCAGAUUAUCUUCAUGGUGGGAAGAGGAUAUUUGUCCCCAGACCUCAGUAAGCUCUACAAGAAUUGCCCCAAAGCCAUGAAAAGGUUGGUGGCCGACUGCAUCAAGAAGUCCAAGGAUGAGAGGCCGCUCUUCCCGCAGAUCUUGUCCUCCAUUGAGCUUCUCCAGCAUGCCCUCCCUAAGAUAAACCGCAGUGCCUCAGAACCGUCCCUGCACAGAGCCUCUCACACUGAGGAUAUCAAUGCCUGUACUCUGACCUCCACCAGACUGCCUGUUUUCUAGAGGCUCAGACAGCACUGGCUCUGUUCCUCUUUGAAAUAUCUAAAAUAGUCCAAAUGCUUGAUAUGCCCAAAUUCUCUAAAUACAGAUGCCAAUAUGGAAUUAAAGAUAAAAAUGCAAUCAUACAUAAGCCCAUGCUAAUCAAUAAAAUAUGUAAGGAAAAUAGGAGAGAAUAGGGGAGAAGUGCAGAGGGGAAGCCCAUCUGAGAUUUACGAUGGAAGGGAGUGAGUCUUGAUGGAUUGCGGGUGGGAUGCACUCAUGAAGAGGCUGGCGUAAGAUACAUCAGAGUGGUGCCUUGCUUAUUACUGCACGCACUGAGAAAUAUGCGGGGGCUCAACGGCGGCAAAGCAUUUGGGAAAAUUUGUAAAUACAUACAUACAUGCACGCAAGCACGCCUACUUAAGGCAACAAUAAAAUGGACACUGAAGGAAGAUCUAGAGGAGGACAGAUGUGUCCCUCUUGACUUGGUUUCUGUGAUGUGAAGCACACCCUUCUAUCUGUUCACCCUGAUGAAGAGGACCUUUAAAGCUUACAUGCCUUAAGAGGAAACAAAGCCUGGACUAAAAUCCUGCACAAUUCACCUCUUGUUAUCACAAACAAAGCCGUUGGAUGUAGUCCAUUUAGUUGCACAGUAGUAGUUAAUUUUGCAUUGUCUUAAAUGAUAAUGGAGUAGAUAUGGGAAAUUGUUUUUUUUUUUGUUGUUGUUGUUUUGUUUUUUUUGGUGUUUUUCUUGUUGUCUUUUGAUUUCUUUUAACUGUCUUUAUUUUUGGGGUCAUUUUGGAAGAGUUAUGGCCUGUCAGGCAGAUAGCAUAAGUGUUGGGGAAAAUUGAAUUUGCACAUUUUAUCAAAAGCAAUGGUUAUGUUUCAGCAGUCUUCUCAUUGGCUUCAUAGCUGUGGGAGAACUGUAGAUACACACACACACACACACACACAUUCACACUCUUAUCAGUCCUCACCGUGAGUUGGUUAUCAUGAGCCGGACAUAUGGCGGUUGUCUUAAAUAUUUAAAUUGAUUUGGAAACUAAUUUGUAUGUUUAUCACGUCUCUUUCAGGAGGUUAAACGUUUUAUUGUGAACUUGGUGAGAAAGUUGUUUAUUCAAUAUUUUAAUAAAAUUAAGUUAAAUUUCUUUGCCAUGUA